AUGAAAUCCAUGGUGAAUAGCAGUUGGGUGCGUGAAUUUACACUGCUGGGGUUGACUGACAUCCCAGAGCUGCAAGUCCCCCUCUUCCUAACAGUCACCUUCAUUUAUCUCAUCACUCUUAGUGGGAACCUGGGCAUGAUCCUGUUGAUCCUGCUGGACUCUCGACUCCACACUCCCAUGUAUUUUUUCCUUAGUAACCUGUCUCUGGUAGACUGUGUCUAUUCCUCUGCCGUGACUCCUAAGGUGAUGGCUGGACUUCUCACAGGGGAUCAAGUUAUCUCCUAUGCAGGGUGUGUUAUUCAGAUGUUCUUCUUUGUGGCUUUUGCCAGUGUUGACUGUUUUCUACUUACCGUCAUGGCUUAUGAUCGUCAUGCAGCAGUAUGUAAACCUUUACAUUACAACACCACCAUGACUCCCAGUGUGUGUGCUCAGAUGGUGGCAAGCUGCUAUAUUUGGGGCUUGAUUGAAUCUGUCAUCCAUACUGGGUUCACCUUCAGUAACUCCUUCUGCCAUUCUCAUGUGGUCCAUCACUUUUUCUGUGACAUCCCCGCAAUCUUGGCCCUUUCCUGCUCUGAUAUCUAUAUAAAUGAGAUUGUGCUCUUUAUCUUAGCAGCUUUCAAUGUCUGUUUUGCUGUUAUGAUUAUCCUGACCUCCUAUGCAUUCAUUUUCAUUGCCAUCCUGAGGAUGCAUUCUGCAGAAGGAAGGAAAAGAGCCUUCUCCACCUGUGCUUCUCACCUUACUGCUGUAGCCAUAUUCUAUGGAACUGUAAUAUUCAUGUACUUACAGCCCAGUUCUAGUCAUUCUAUGGACAACGACCAAAUGGCAUCUGUGUUCUAUACAAUAGUGAUUCCCAUGUUGAAUCCAAUUGUCUACAGUCUAAGAAAUAAAGAAGUUAAUAAUGGUUUCAGGAAAGCCAUUGAGAAGAUGAAGACUUUGCUCUGCAUGCAAUUUUGA